GGCGCCAAACAUGACUGACAGACAAAGAUAAAUAAACUGAAUUUUAUGUAUUCUGGAAUCUUUACAAGUAUGAUCCCUUUUUUGACAAAAUAGUCAUCGUUUUAAUCAGCAUUCGGAAAAAAGAUGGAACCUGAUGAAUUAGAAUUUAUUGGUGAAAGCUUCACAAUCGGUGUUAUUCCAAACUUCAAUCACGAUCCAAUCUAUUUGAUAUCUGGCGCAAUUGGUCCAUUCAAAGGAGGGUAUCCUGUGCAUAUACCGCUAUGGUUAGCUAUUCAUUUAAGACAACAGCAAAAAUGUCGUAUUGUACCACCAGAAUGGAUGGAUCCAAAAUUACUUGAGGAUUUGAAAGAGGAAGAAAAGCGAACAAGACACUUUACCAAAAUGCCAAGUGAACAUUACAUGGUUGAAGCAAAACUGGUACUCAACACAGCGCCUGAAGAUGUACCGCAGUCUGAUGAAAUAAAAACAUUAGUUAAAGACAUUUGGGACAUCCGAUGCGCUAAGUUGCGCACAACCACCGAUAUGUUUUUGAAGGGCGAAGGCGAGACGGUCAAGUUAGAUAACGUAACACUCGUAGAGUUGCAUACGAUACGACCAUUCCUUACUCACGCUAUGGAUCUUCUGUCAAGGAUACAAGAAUCAAAGAAAGCUGCUGGUGCGAAUUCAUCCCUUGCAAAUCAAUCAAUUAUGACGAACAGUAUGAGUGGUUGGAACUCGAGAAAUUCGCAGUAACAUAAAUUUGUAUCUGUUCUUUGCUGUAACUAACAUUGUGGUGUUAAGAAUGCUAGGUUGUCCAUGUGUAUGCCAAUUUCAAAUAUUUAUUGAUUUUAUAUUUUAUUUGAGAUGAUUUGACUCAUAUGUGGUUUACUUGUAAAUGAUAUUUGAAUCUAUUUAAAGGCCGUAUGUAGAUAAAAUUACACUGUUGAAAAUAUAAAUCAAUCAAUAAAACCGUAUCAUAUUAUGUACACUUAGAAA